AUGUUACCUGCUUCGAUAUCAUUCAGUGUUCGUGAUAUUUUAAACGAGAGCCAGACAGUUGAUACCAUGGAUUGCUACGGGAGCCAUCAGCAGGUGUCGCAGAAUUUUCACGCACCCCACGAUUAUUAUGGAUACAAUGCCAUUCAGGAUAAUCACUGGGACAUUGAAAAAUAUAAGGAGCAGUCACAAAUCAGUCAGAUGGCAUACCAGAAUUACACUGAUUUGCAUCAUAUUCAUCAUGGAGCAAAUCAUUCACCCCCUUUCGAUGGAAAUUCUGUCGUAGAAGAUGGAAAUAUCGUCACGUCGAGUAAAACGGAAUUGCGGAAGAAUCAAUCGGGAAAGAGAACGAAACGGAAACCACGAGUACUAUUUUCUCAGGCUCAGGUCUAUGAACUGGAGCAGCGAUUUAAGCAGCAGCGUUACCUCUCCGCCCCAGAACGUGAAGUGCUGGCAUCCAGUCUCAAGCUGACAAGUACACAAGUGAAAAUUUGGUUUCAAAAUCGCCGAUAUAAAAAUAAACGCGCAAAAAUUGAAGACGCAGAGAAGCUGCAGUCGCAGUCACUGAAGAACCAGUCAAUCAAAAAAAUUCCAGUGCCCAUUCUUAUAAAGGAUGGAAAGCACAACACCAGAGAUUCCUGCAGCGGAAACUACUGGAGUGGAUUCAGACCGGACGUGAAUAUCCAGGGAAUACCCGGUGAAUUUGGAGGUGAUCUACGUUUGAGUCCCGAUUACCGUGGGCCUGAGAUAAGAUUGGACACGACCAACGCAGGAAGUGAAUUCAGGGAUCACACGAGUCUGCCCCAGGACCCCCACAGGCCUUUCACCACUGACUACCGGUCCACCUUCGGAUCCUCGAUGAGGCCCAUCAAAUCCGAGUACAAGACACCCAAUGACAUUUCACCGUUUCCUGAUCUCAAAACAAACUCACCGGAUGACAAAUCCACUAUUCUGAGUAACGAUAAUCGAACGAUUGCUGAUAUCUCCACCAAUGAUUUUAGUUUUACAAAUUACGUUAAUCCCCAGAAUUAUCAGAUGCCUUACGUUAAUUAUAUCGAUCAAAUUCCCAUGGAACAAAAUAUUCAAAGACUCUGGUAGCAAUUUAAAAGCUUGAAUGAGAGGGAGAGAUGAUGAAAGGAUUGAAUAGGCGCUAUGUGAAUUAACUCGCGUCGGCUUCUUUCCAAUUGACAAAUUUAGAUAUUUCUGGGAAUUGCUGAGUUAAUAGUGGAAUCGAAAUUAUUAAUAGGGAUUUUCUGACAGGUUGAGCAAAGCCACCGGUGCUUUUAGGGUUAUCGCAAGAGCAUGACGGGUCAUCUGGCAGUCAAGUGGCUGUACGUAAAUGGUACGCAUCAUUGAUCCCUCGUUGUGUUGUGGGACUUACGACCGUUUGUAUAUGGUGCUACUGAGACUAAUAUGAGCCAUGGGAACAUGCUGAUAAAAUUGUGAUGCAUGAUUCGUUUAUUUUCCCACUACCACGUACAUGCUGAGAGUUUGUGGAUAAGGGGUGCACCUGCAGUUUCUAUUUUAUUGGAGAUACUUGACGAAGGAUAGAGAUAUGUACUUAGGCGUUGAAAUAUUUACUCUUAAGGUGAACCUUUAUACGAGAAAAAGUAUUCAUUAAGACAAGUGCGCAAUACUCUUUAUUUUUAAUGACAUUGUAAUUGAGAAA